AUGGCGGACAUGAUCGAGUCGCUGAUGCCGGCCAGCCUGUUCCAAGAGGGCCUUGGAUCUGGGGCGCUGCAGGAGUUCUUGGACUCCAUUGACAAGCAGGCUGAGCAGAUCAAGCUCAGCCUCCUGGCAGCUGUCGGCGAGCAGGUGCAGCAGCAGGUGGACAUCGACCCGGCGCUGCUGUCGGCGUUGGUCUCGCUGGCGUCGGUGUCGCCCUCGCCGGGCGGGCCGGAGGCGUACAUAGCUGACUACGCCCGCAAGUACAUGGAGCUGCAGGAGCAGGUCAAGUCGCUGCAGGCGGAGCUCAAGGCGGCGCAGGCGGCGGCAGACCUGGAGGCAACGCUGCGCGAAUUUCGGCAGUUCCUGGAGAACGGCCAGUACAACGACGCCGCGUGGAGCGUGGUCCAGCUGCGGAAGAUCGUGGCUGACGCGCGCGCCAAGAAACCUCAGGGUGCAGCCCAGCAGCAGCAGCAGCAGCAGCAGCACUACUACGGCUAUCAGCCACCACAGCAGCAGCAGCAGCAGGAGCAUGACGAGCCGGAGGUGAAGCAGCUGGCCGAGGCGUGUGCCAGCUGCGAGCGGGAGCUGGAGGAGGCCCUCGAGGCCGCGUGCCAGGAGGCGGUCGACGUGUCGCUGGAGGGCAGGGUGCUGACGGUCACGGCGGCGCUGCCGAGCGGGGGCGACAACGUCCUGCCCCCCGUGCUCGACGGCUCCGCGCGCUUCGACGCGCACACCACGCGCAGCGGCGACAGCGCGAUCAUAAAGUGGGCCGCCGUCCCGCGCGGCGAGCCGGCGACGCCCAGCGCGGCCGGCCGCGUCGAGGCCGACUGCACGCAGCUGCUGCGGGUCCUCGCGGACGCGCUCUUCCGCGGCCGCGCGACGACGCUCGCGGCGUUCGGCGCCGCGUUCUGGCCAGGCUUCGCGUCGCUCUACCAGUCCGCAGGGGGCCGCCGGCGGCGUUGA